CCAACAACAGACAUACCAGCCACCUCAACAACAGACAUACCAGCCACCCCAACAACAAACAUACCAGCCCCCCCAACAACAGACAUACCAGCCACCCCAACAACAAUCCUACCAACCACCAGCACCCCGUCCUUCCUAUUCCAACAGACAGCCAACCUAUCAAGAACCUGAAGAUGGUAUGCCAUUCGAUUACUCGUAUGCCGUCCAAGACCAGUACAGCGGCAACGACUUCGGCCACAACACGAACUCCGAUGGCAAGGUGACCACCGGCGAGUACCGCGUCCUCCUCCCCGACGGCCGCACCCAGAUUGUCACCUACACCGCCGACUACAAUGGCUACCAGGCUGAAGUCAACUACGAGGGAGAAGCUCGUCCCUACGAGCCCCAGCCUCAGGCUUCCUACAAUCAACCCCGUCCAACCUACGAGCAGCCACGGCCUCGUCCUACCUACGAGCAGCCUCAGCCUCGUCCUACCUACGAGCAGCCUCAGCCUCGCCCGACCUACGAGCCUCCCCAGAACACCUACCAGGCUCCUCAGCAGCCCCAGCGCGGCUACGGCUUCUAAGGAGAACAUGGUGCAACGAACGAACUUCAUACGCUUAUUAUAAGUUGACCUCCGAUAACUUAUUCAGUGCCUUUACUACGCUUCAAUGACAAUUUCGUGUAUAUACCGAAAAAGUAAAUUCGAACAUUCGUG